AGGAGGGGAAAGUGCAGGCAACAAAUCUCACAAAAUCAAAUAUAUCCAUUAAUUAAUUACAGCAUAGGGUCUUUGAACUACUCCAGUAACGUACGCACUCUCCCCCCGGCUGCCGCCCCCUGCUAACAUGCGCACCGCCCUCUCUUCCCCCAACUUUUCCAUCUGAAAUCCCUUCGCCCUCUUCCCUCCCUCCCUUUUAUCACUAACAUGCGCCAUCUCCACCACUCCAUCACCGCCAUGGCCCCUUCCUCCUCCCUCAAAAAAACUCCAAUUCCCAAAACCCCCGCCCCUCACCACCACCCGAAUUCCCCAAAUUGCCCCUCCCUCUGCCGCCACUCUCCCUCCGCCACCCUCGACCUCCUCAUCUUCUUCCUCGUCCUUUUCUCCGGGGCCUUCCUAAUCGUCUCCUCCUUCUCCUACCUCUUCCAGUCCCUCUCUCUCAUCCUGCCCCCUUUCUCCACCGUCGCCGCGCAUUUCCACCGCCAUCUCGCCUCCAAUCCGCAGUCGCAGCUGAUCUUCUUCACGCUAUUCGCCGUCUCCUUCGUCGGAUUUGUGAUCUUCUUCGAGAUCUGCUGCGGCCACAGAUCGAGAAGGUGCGAGAGGAAAGGGUGCAGAGGGCUGAAGAAGGCGAUGGAGUUCGAUUUGCAGCUUCAAGGCGAUGAGCUGCUCCGCUCCGGCAAUAAGGCAGUGAGAGAUGUCAAUGAGCUGCCGUGGAAAGGGAGCGUUGAGGAUAACCCUGAUUACGAGUGCCUGCGGGCGGAGCUGAGGAAGAUGGCGCAGCCUAACGGCCGCGCUGUGCUGCUCUUCCGCGACAAAUGCGGCUGCCCCGUAGCCAAGCUCGAAGGCUGGGGGCCGAAACGCGGCCGGCGCCACAAGAAGAGUCUGUCUCUUAAUGCUGGAGGAGAUCAAAGGUGACGGGUGAGUGCCUUGCUAGGACUCCAUUUUCCAUUGUAGUUGGUUUCAUUAUUGUUACCAGUUUACAUAGAAACUGAAACCUUAAACCCACAUUAUUGGGGAAGUAUCUCUCUUUUUUAUAUAACAAAGUGAAAAUAAAUAGACAAAUAAGUUAAUA